AUGCAUUCCCUUCUCCCAUCCCUUGAAGAAUUGGAACUAGACACACUUCCACAAGUCGAUUCGUUUCCAAAAGGGCUUUUUCAAUCCGAGUUAAACUCGCCUUGCAUCCAAGAUUGUAUCAAACUCAACUUUUCACAUUCCAUUUUUGGCUUGGACGAUGACGUGGAGUCCUUCCCUGAGGACAAUUUGCUUCUGCCCUCCACUCUUACGUCCCUUGCAAUCCGCAAUCUGACAAAUCUGAAAUCUCUAGACUCCAAGGGGCUUCAACACCUCACCUCUCUUUGCAAUCUAAAGAUCCGUCAAUGUCCUCAACUUGAGUUCAUCCUGGAAGAGUCGCUGCCAUCCUCCAUUCAACACCUUGAAAUCUUGGAUGUGAAAGAUCUGGAAUACAAGGGGCUAUUGCACCUAACCUCUCUUCGCCAACUGAAGAUUCAGAGUUGUUCUAAGCCUGAGCCCAUCCCAGAAGAGUUGCUACCCUCCUCCCUUGAAGGCCUUGGAAUCUGGAAUCUGAAAGAUCUAGACUACAAGAGGCUUCAACACCUCACCUCUCUUCGCGAAUUGACGAUCGGCGGAUGUUCUAAGACUGAGUCUGUUCCAGAAGAAGGGCUGCCAUCCUCCCUAAAAUACCUUAAAAUCGAGAAUCUGGAAAAUCUGAAAUCUCUGAAUUACAUGGGGCUUCAGCACCUCAGCUCUAUUCGCCAUUUGGUGAUCUCACGGUGUCGUAAGCUCGAGUCCAUUCCAGAAGAGGGGCUGCCCUCCUCCCUUGAAUCUCUUCAAAUCUAUUUUUGCCCUUUGCUGGCAGAAUGGUGUAUGAGGGAGACGGAGGAAAAUUGGCCAAAGAUUGCUCACAUCCCCUAUAUCAUCAUUGCUUAG